AGGCCACGCCUCUUUCUCCUCGCCCCCUCCGUGCCUUUCCUAUGCUAAAACGAAACAAUCUACUUGCAUUCGGCCCAGGACAGCGCCCAGCGGGGGUGGCCGGCCGUCGGCGCAACAUGGCAGCGGCGAAAGGAAACACCGACGGCAAAUUCCUCAGGCUCUUCGUGUACGACCGGCGUCGGGACCAGUCAGAUGACGCCGAAAAAAGCCUUACAUGUGACAAGAAAAACUACGGGAGCUUGCUUAAAGCCAUCCGAAAGGUAUUUGAUAUUUCCCCCAAAGAAACUUUUGUUAUUACAACGACUGAAAGAAAACAAAUAACAAGUGAAAAUUUUGGUCAAAUUGUUAAAAACAAGAUGACUCUCUACUUACUACAAAGAGUUGAUCAGUUGCUCACUUCAGCAACAAAGGAGUGCAUUGAGUUUUUGCCACAUUAUAACACACUUCUGAAAAGUGGAACGUAUGAAUACUAUGCUGACAGAAGGCAAAAUCCUCUUCCAUUUGUAUUUGCAGAAUUGAUUGAUAACUCCUUAUCAGCUACUUCUCAAAAUUCUGGAGUUCGGUACAUACAAUUAAAACUGUUAUUUGAUAAUACCCAAGGAAAACCAGCUGUUGCUGUGAUUGAUAAUGGAAGAGGCAUGACUUCUAAACAACUAAACAACUGGGCUGUGUAUCGAUUGUCAAAGUUUAUACAACAAGACAAUGUAGAAAGUGAUCAUUCAGGAUAUGUACAUCCUCAAACAGUGGAGCCCAAACCUCGCAGCUUAAACAGUGAUAUAUCAUAUUUUGGAGUUGGUGGUAAACAAGCUGUGUUUUUUGUUGGAGAGUCUGUUAGAAUGAUAAGCAAACCUGCAAAUUCUCAAGAUGUUCACGAACUUGUCCUUUCAAAAGAAGAUUUUGAAGAGAAAGAAAAAAACAAAGAACCUGUGUAUAAUACCUAUAUAAGAAAUAGAAAGCCAUCUGAUUCUUCCCACAUUGUUAAGGUUGAUGAGCGAUUUUUGCACAAGCUUAUUUUGGAAGAGAAAGACAGAGACAGUUUUACUGCUGUUGUCAUUACUGGAAUGUACCCUGACCAUGUACAAUACCUGAAAAAUAAUUUUGACAGUUGCAUAAGACAGUUAAAACACAUAUAUCAUUACUAUAUCCAUGGACCAAAAGGAAACGUAAUUAAUUUGCCAAUGGAAGAAAAUAUUUUCAAUAAUAUGAUUAUUGAGGUUUCACUGUUUGAAAAGGGGAAAACACCUCAGAUUGUGAAUCUUAGAGAAAUCCAGGAUGAUAUGCAGACUUUAUAUAUAAAUACCGCAGCAGAUAGCUUUGAGUUCAAGGCUUGUGUUGGAGUAUAUGGAAUAGUGGAAGGAAUUAUACGUUACCAUCCUUUCUUAUAUGACAAAGAAACCUAUCCUAUCUCUUCUUCAAAUGAUGAUGAAGAAGAAGAUGAUGAAGAAGAGGAAUGUAAUAUAAGAGAAAAAAGAGCCAGAGGGGAAAAAGCUAUUUUUGAAUGUUUUUGGAAUGGAAGAUUAAUCCCAUAUACAACUAUAGCAGAUUUUGAGUGGUGUACUCUUCCCAAAAAGAGAGGGAAAAUUCCAAUUGAAUGUUACAACCGAAUAUCUGGUGUAUUAUUUACAAAUGACAAGUUUGAAGUCACCACAAACAAACUGACUUUCGUGGAGUUGGAAUCAAAGUUAAAAGAUAAAACUACAUUUUUUAAAAGAAUUAUUAAUGGACAGGAACACAGAAUGAAAAUUGGAGAAUUUGCAUCAUGGCUCAAGGAUUGCCAUGAAAAGCAUGAUAAACAAAUCAGAUUUACUGAGUUUGAAAAAAUACACAGACGUACUGAUCGUGCUGCUAAAGGAAAACUGGGACCUUGGGCUACAUAUUUGGCAAUUGAAUGGGAUGGAAAAAUAUAUAAAGCUGGGCAGUUGGUGAGAUCAGUUAAAAGAAAUCCAGUACUUCAUGGCAGAAUUCAACAUUUUUAUCUAUAUGGAGAUCAUGAUAAAGAUGUCUAUGCUACUGGUGGAGAUGUUCAAAUAGCUUUGGAGCCUCAAGUAUUAUACAAUGAAAUAAAGAUCAUUCCAAUAUGCAAACUUGAUCGUUCGGUGUCUCAAGAAGUACUGGAAAAUUCCAUUGAUGAGGAAAUGGCUCGGUUAAUAUUAAUGACUUGGAUGAGGUUUUGGAGGCCAAAAAAUAUAAGAUCAAGUCUUAUUUUCAGGAAAACACAGUACAUACCGUACAUACACAUAUACUCUCUCUGUGUGUGUAUCUAUCUCCAACUUUUUUCGAAAUUCAUUAGAAUUAAUAACAUAUUGAUUUAUAGUAUAAUAAUGUUUCUUUCUGUUUUUCUGUAAGCUUCUGGUAAAAAUAAGGAACUCAUUUCUCUUAUCAGUCAACAUGGAGGGAAAUGGCCUUACUGGUUCAAAAAAAUGGAAAAUAUUGUUGAGCUUGGAACCUACACGCUAAAACUGCAAGUGGUAUUGAAUGAAAGUAAUGCAGACACUUAUGCAGGAAUCAGUCUUCCAUCAAAAACAUUUAAAUUUCAUGUAAAAGAAGGCAAACCUCAGAAGUUUACAAUAGGUAUUUUGGAUCCUCCAUUUCGGAUAGGGCAUCCAUUCAGUAUUCCUCUAGAUGUCCAGGAUGAAUUUGGACAUACCACUCAACUAACUGAAGAUAUUAUACCAGAACUUGAAGCAAGUGGUCUAAGAUUUCAGUAUGAAGGAAUAAAAAGAGGACCAAAUUGUGCCAUUACAGGCAUAAUUGCUAGAGGCCUUGUAAAUAAUUGCCAAGGCAAGAACUUUAAUCUAAAGAUCACUCUUCCUGGUCUAAAGGAAAAAUCCCAAGUUUUGAAAAUUAAACUUCUCCCAGGCUUUCCUCAGCAACUAAGAGUGAAACCAGAUUUGGAUAUCUUCACAGUUGAGAAUGGAACAGCUUUCUCUUUUCAAGUUGAGGUAUUGGAUGAAGUAGGCAACAUAACAGCUCAACCAAAACUACUUGUUCAGUGCAAGUUUUUAGGAGUUCCAGGUCUUCCUGUAUAUGUUGUAGAUUGCAGCAAUCCUGACAAAAAUGUAUUAACUGUACCAGUUCUGCACAUUCAAAAUGUAAAGAAAGUUCAAAAACUUGAAGCAAGAAUUGAAAUACCAAGUUGUAAAAGUGUGCCACCGGUUACCAAGAUUAUUCAACUGCUUCCUAGUACUCGUGUUGCAGGACUGCAGAUUAAGUUCAGUGAUGGAGAAAAAGUUAUUCAGAUUAAACACGAGGAAGUACUUAACCGUGUUGCAGGUGAUGUGCUAAAAAAUCUUACUUUCCAAAUGUAUGACGAGGGAGAAAGAAAAAUCAAAAUAACUCCAGCUCUAGCUGAAAAAGUUAAAAUAAGCUGGACUCCAAAACUUAAUAGCAAACAAGUGAUUGAAGGAUUGCUACCUGAUGUGAAAGUUCCAACAUCUGUAAAAGAUGAAUGCUGUUGUCUGCUUACAUUCAGUGAUGAACACGUGUCUUUGGCAAGUUCAUUUGUGGUCAGACCAGUUGCUGAUGUGCCAAAACAUAUCAAAUGUGAAAUUAAAGGAUCAAAUAUAAUAAAAAUGGGUGAAAAGCUGCAAGAUGAAAUGGAGAUAAUGAUUACCGAUCAGCAUGGAAAUCAGAUUCAGUCCCUGACAUCAUCGUGUACGACUGCCUUGAAGAUUUCUGGGAAUGGGCUGGAUAAAUCAGAUUUGAAAACUUUUUGGCAGCAAAGUACACAAACUAUUUCUGUCAAAGGAAUUAAGUUUGAACCAGGCCCACCAGAAGUUAAAGAACUGCAUGUUGCGUGGCAUGAUUUCUCCCAUUACCUGAAGUUAAAUUUGAUUGCUGGCCCUCCUGCUAAAUUGGGUCUUCUGGAUUGGAUAGAACCAGAGAAGGCUAUAUCUGUAAUUAAUGGCAAAGAAUUACCAAAGGCUCUUACAAUCCAGCUCUGUGAUCAGUGGAAUAAUCCAUCUGCUGAACCUAAUGUCAAAAUCAUACUUUCAAAACAAAAUAAUAUAAAGAUUUUUCCUUCAAAUAUGCUUUAUAAAACAGAUGAAACUGGUAGAGCAAGCUUUGGAGUUCUUACUAUUCAUGCUCCUAUAGGAGAGCACACCUUGCAGUUCAGGAGCUUCUGUAACAAGAAUGUACUAACCAGUCCAGUGAUCAAGAUAAAUGUUUUGCCUGACCCAGAGAAACCUGUAUGUUUAAAUAUUACAUAUGAUGAGAAUGCUAUCUUCACCGCUGGAAACACUUUUCCUAAUUUCACGGUUAGUGUUAUUUCUGAAGGUGGCAACAAUAUUAAAAAUAUAAAUCCAGGAAGGAUUUCUAUGACGAUCAAGGAAACAGGCAAUGAUACAAAUAUUGCAACAUUUGAGUGUACCAAAUCAAACGUGGAUGAAGCCUUUUUUUGCUUCAGGAAUAAAAUGGUUCCAGAAAAAGCAAGCAAAUACAGCAUCCAAUUUAUAUUUACAAUUGACAAAACAAGUGUUCUUAGCAGUAAAGAGAUUAUAAUUAAUGUGGUGCCAAACAAACCAGCACUGUUGAAGCCACAAACUUUGCCAAAUACCCCUGCUGUUUCUAAUGUUCAGGCGGUUGACGAACGGACUCUUGUCAAGAACUUGACUCUCAUUAUAACGGAUGAAUACAAAAACUGUACAGGAAGUGAUUUAGAUGGGAAAAUUGUAGCAAAAAUCAAAAGUUCAACUGAGAAAGACACUGAUAUUCCCCUCUUUCAGGGUAAUAAAAAUACAGUUGAAUUUCCUUUUCACAAAGGAAUUGCUGAAAUUGAGAAUCUUGUGCUAGCAGAAAAUAGUCCAGGAAGAAAUAAAACUCAGUAUACUCUUGUAUUUGAGCCAAUCAUACCUACUUUGAAACAUUUGCAACCUUAUUAUUUAUCCUUUGUGUUUUGUAAUGAUUAUGUGAUUCAGCAGGAGAUGGCAAAACUUACGAAAGAGAAAGACCACCUUUCACAGUCAAUAAAGACAUAUAGAGAGUGGUUUAAUGCUAAGGAUCAGCUUAUUGCUGAAAUGAAAUGCCAAGCAGAGGAAGCUAGAAAAAAGGAGUUACAGCUUAAGAAUGAACUGAAAAGACAUCAGAUUGACAUACCUAAGGACAAUGGGCUGCAGCAUAUUAAUUCCUUAAUAAAACUUAAGCAGGCUGAGCAAGAAAAAUUAUUGAAACAACCUAGAAGAAUAUGCACACUUGCCAAUUAUCCCAAAAGUAAUCAGGAUAUUUUGGGCAAGAUUUCACACUUAGCACAAGUUGAAGACAAUGAAGUAGCGAAGGUCAUUUCCUGGCAUUUGGCAGGUGAAAUGGAUUGUAUACUCACUUUGACAACAGCUGCUGCACAUCGUAUCUUUGAUGAGACUAAAGGAACACAACAAGUAUGGCCUCUUGAUUCUAUUUAUAAGAAGAAACUUCCAGAUUGGAACAGACCUUUACCUCAUUUGCAAAAUAAAGGAAACUGUUUCAGUCCUAUUGGAAAUCCUGUGUUUGCUAGGAAGUUGCUAAUAUUUCCAGAGCACAAGGAGAAUUGCCAAAUAGCAUUUGAGGUGCUCUUGGGUAAUACAAUUAUUAUUGACAAUUUGGAAGCUGCCAGUCAUUACAGAAAAGAAAUUGUGAAAACGACAUAUUGUCCAACUUUAUUAACAAGAAAGGGGGACAGAAUUCGCAGUAAUGGAAAGUUUGGAGGCCUUCAGAAUAAAGCCCCUUCUAUAGAGAAGCUUCGGGGAAUGGUUUUUGGAGCACCUCUGCCACCGGAUUACAAUAAUAUCUCCCAACAGAUAGAUCUCCUUCAGCAGUACCUUCCAGCAUUUCUCCACGUUAAUGAAGUAAACACUCAACUUGAACAGCAACUACAAUCCUUUAAUACUUCAGAAAUGCAAAUUAAGAAAGAAGAGCUUGUUGAACUGGAAAAGAAACUUGAAUCAAUAGACCUGCAAUUAGACUCAGGGCGGCUUUCAGAAGUACUUGAUUUGUCCGUGGCUCCAAGCCAUUCCAAAAUAGGAAGAGAACUAAAACGUCCACACAGUUCAGAAGAAUGGAAUUCAUCUUCUCCUAUGAAGAAAAGAACAGGAAACAACAACUAAUGAAUUAUUUCCAAAAAAAGAAGACGUAAAUUAAUAAUAUUUGUUAAAAUACAAUUGUAUAUUAAAAUGUGUAUAUUCUACAAAAAUAAUGUUACUUUCAUUGAUACUUCUAUAUUCAUAAAUGAAUUGUUCUUAAGAGUUGACUUAUUUUUAACAGAACAUCAUAUUUUGUUGUGUAUCAAUUAUUACAUUUCAAAUAUGAAAAUAUAACAAUGUUUUUUACAUAUGAACAUUUCAAAUUUGACAAUAAAAGUUUGGAAUGACAUCCCUUUUCCUAGUACAUAAAUGUGUAACAAAUUAUCAUUUUUAAUUGAAACAUGCUCCAUAAACAUGAACGAUAUUUAUUAACUGGAAAAAACCUAGUAUUACUGAAUAUAAUAUCCUGCCGUGCAAAGCAUCUAAAUACUUUCCCUAUUUGUAGAGUUGAAAUAAGAUUAUGUGUGCAAUUAAGAUUGAAAAGCUGAUGUUACAUCCUUACCAAUUAUUUAAUACAGUAGCAGUAAUACAACUCCAGUUAGUGAAUAUUUCAAAUUUAAUGAAAUAAUUCUUGAAGCCUCAUUUUCUCCAACAUCAGCCAUUCAGUGUUACAACAAAAAACUUUUUAGUAUGUAAUUAAAGCACUUCUAAUGUUUUUUAGAGUUACAAUACAUCCUCAUCAGUUAUACUGACAAGAGAAAAGGCAAAUAUACAGAAUACAUUAAGUCUGGGGUUCCCAAACUGCUUCUUGGGGAUCAGUAGCAACUCAGAGGUACAACUCAGCUUGCAGAGGCAAAGCAGACAGUAAAGUUUGGAGUUAAUUUUGCAAGGUAUCUAAUGCUAUGGGUCUAGUCUUUCAUCAAACCAUUCACAAAUUGUAGCAUUUUCUUUACAUUACUGUUUGAUUUUAUUUAUUUUUGAUUGUGGGUCUUAUCACGGGUAAACACAGGAUUCAGAAGUUCCUUACUGGUCUCCUGAAGUUAGUGGAGUAAGAGCUGUCCUGUUUGUUGGGAGCCACUCAGAACCAUACAAAUUGGGGCAGCCUAUAAAUAUAUAUAUAUGAGUUAUCCACCUAUUGAAGGCUUUGAUCUGAGUCGUUGGGAAGAACAUCUUUUCCUAUUUCUCUUCUUUUGAGGAUGCUCUUCUGAAACUAUGAAAGAAAAAGUGGAUUAAAAAAAUAAAUUCUGUAAGCAGUGAACAAAAAUCAUGAAAAACUUCCACACCUUCUUACAUGCCCCCACAUGUGCCCUUCCACUAGUCACCAAGUAACUUAAUGAGACAACGCUCCCUAGAGACUCCCUGACAGUCUACCAAUUGGGAAGUGGCACUUCAGUCAGCACCUCGUCUGCACCCCCAACUUUCAGAUUCACCAUACAGGAAAAUUCUGUCAGUGUUUCUGAGCUUUUACUACUGAAAGAUAAUUCAUUGAAUGUCUUACUUUGGAAAGGUCAAACUUAAUAAUAUUUUUUAAAACCCUGAUUUCUCUUGCAUUGCAAUUAUAUUAUUAUGAAAAAGAUUGCUGGUUUGACUUUCCCGGAGGUAUAAUUUUCAAAUACUAACCCUAUUAUCCUAAAUUAAAGAACUUAAUAGUGGGAAAUUACAACUGCACUUAGUGAUUCUGAGAAGUAUAUUGAUUUUCAGUGUUACAGUGGUGUACCACUCUAAACUGAUACAGAAUUGAGGUAAAGUGACUGGAUUAAGUGCUAAAUUGGGUCAUACUAUUAAGUGUUUGUUCAUAUUAAAUUAUUAAAUUAAAAUAAAUAAAUUAAAAUAAAAUAAAAUAAAAUAUUAAAUUAGGAAAAUGCAUGAGCAAUAGUCCAGGAAAUCAGCAAAGUAUUCUGCUCUAGAUGUGCCUUUGUUACAGAAAUUUAAAUUCUGAUCUAAUGGUUGAUGAAAAUAACUCUGAGGUUGUCUACAGAAAUUUACGCCUAUGAAUCAGCACAGAUCAAGAACUUUCCUUUAGAAGGAAGCCAACAGACUAUAUAUAUAGGAGAAGACAUAAAGGAGGUAGUCUGAAGUCACCAAGACUGCUUUGGCAAAGCAAUUUGAGUAAUUCUGCUUCAAUGAAAUAAAGUUACUUCUGAAUUGCUCUAUCAAACCAAAUCUGUAUUGCUUCUCACACACCUACUAGAGCAGGGGUGUCAAACUCAAUUUCAUUGAGGGCCGCAUCAGGGUUGUGUUUGACUUCGGGGGGCCAGGAUGGGCAUGGUCAAAGUGGGUGUGGCCAGCUUGAUGUCACUCGGGGGUGCCUGUGGUGGCCUGAGCGCUUUGCCAGCGAAAACGGGCUCCCAAGCUCCGCUUUCAGCUGCCAUAGCCUCCUGCAAUCCUCUGCCAGUGAAAGCGGAGUUCGGGAGCCCAUUUUAGCAGGCACAAGCACUAUGGACCAGUCCUUCACUGUUUCGAGGGUAGCCCCGAAGGCCAGAUCUGGCCUCUGGGUCUUGAGUUUGAUAUCCCUGUACUAGAGACUAAAAUUUCCUACUGGGAACUUAAAUUUGCAUUCCUACACUGAGCAGGAGGAUGUCUAAAUGAUCCUGUUGUGACUCGUCCUCCCUCCUCUCCUCAGCCGGGCCCCUCCCGUCUCCAACCGGGCCUUUUAUCAGACUCCGAGUCUGAUAAUGAAGAUGAACGGCCUGUCAUGCCUCUCAGCCCCCGGCCCUGGCCCCAUGCCUGGAGAGGAUUCCCGGAGUGAACAAACAAACCUGAUAAACCUCACUCAUACGGCGUGUGUUCCUUUGGCUCAGCCGUCAGAGGAAGUCAGCCAGGGAUUGGAAUUGCUCGGGCCUACUCCUUCUGACCCCUCCCUUUCCCAAACAGCAGAAGACAAUUCAAAGUGGGAGGAUCCUCGCUUCCCGAGAUCUGAGAGGCGACGCCAGCAGAAGCAAGGGAGGGGCAGGCCUGGAUAAAUUCUGAGUCAUGGAGCCACACACCACAGCCUAUAUAAAGGACCUGCUUUUGGCAUUCCAAUCUUGAGUCAAGCAAAGUCUCAUCUAGUUUGCUGAUAUCGGACUCUAUCACUGAAGUCACAACUUGGACUCCUGCCUGCCCUGAUAAACCUCGAAUGAAUUUGGCAAGCUGCAGAGGCUUCGUUGCACGUUUGAUACGGACUUCCUUGAGCCGGUCGUCGGAGGGAGAGUGAGACACGACAUAUCCCUUCCAACUCUAUGAAUAUUUGAGUCCAUAGAUCCGUGAUGGCGAACCUAUGGCACAUGUGCCAGAGGUGGCACGCAGUGUCAUCUGUGGACACGUGCACCAGCUGCUCUUCUGGUUUCCGGCACAUACAUGUGCACUGACCAGUUGAUAUUCAUGCAUGCUGGAGCCCUGGAAACCCAAAGACCAGCUAGCCAGCGCACAUGCGUGUGCCGCAAACCAGAAGACCAGGUGGCCGGCACACGCAUACACACCGGCCAGCUGGUCUUUGAGUUUCUAUGGCUCCGGAACGCGUUCCAGUUUGGGUAUUAGAUGCCAAAAAGGUUCGCCAUCACUGCCAUAUAAUUGAAGUAAAUGUUCAUUUGUUUGUAUAUUGCUAUUUUAUAUAAUCAGAAUGACUGUAAUUGUAAAUUAAAAAAAACCUAAACAUAUUAAAAAAGAGAGACAUAAUAAAUACAUAUAUAAAUACUAAAUAAUCUUAAAACAGUUCACAAAAUCUGGUUGUGAAACAUUCACAUCGCAGAAUCUUCUCAUGUGAAGAAGUUAUCUUUUUACCAUCUGUUACCAAAAAAGGAAACUGCCCUUACAAGUUGCAGCUCUUUUAUUUAAAGACUGAAAUUGCAGUAUUAAACAAAAAACUCUUAAUUACA